AACUAUCGAAGAAAUUGCUAGAUCAUGUCUUAAUUUAAAAUAUCUUAAUUUGAGAGGGUAUUAUAUAAUUAACAAAAAAGCUAUGGAUCAGCUCAUUUCACUUAAUCCAAAUAUCCAUAUCAAGAAUUAUGUGGAAACUUUAAUGUCCUCUGAUCUCAUUGGAGUG